AUACCUGUUUUAUUUUUUCAACCAUAGAAUUUCACGGAGUCAUUACAAUAAAGGAAAAAAUUAGACGUUGUCUUUCUGUUCAAAAUACUUUCCUUUGAUCGCCGGAAAUCCCCAAAUUUCAAUUCUAGGAUUUCCAAUUUCUUAAGCUAGGGUUUCUGUAAAAGAGGAAGGCGAGCUUUACAACAAAGGCUCGCCAAAAAAAUCAACUAUGAAAUUCCUUAAAAUUUCCUCUUUUCAACCCUUCGUCAUAUUCCUGCUAUUUGCCGUCGUCUAUUUCCCCUUUACCGUCCGUUCAGAUGAAAUGAAUGUUCUUCUUUUGCCUUCCGAUCAAGUAAACCAAGACAUUUGCCCCGCGCCGCCGUCUCCGCCCGAGUCCUGCCCCGUUAAUUGCUUCCGACCCGAUCCGGUAUGCGGCGUCAAUGGCGUGACGUACUGGUGCGGCUGCCCCGAUGCUCAAUGUGCCGGUGUGCGUGUUGUGAAAACUGGGAUGUGCGAAGUUGGAAACGGAGGUUCGGGUCCUGUUUCGGGUCAGGCCCUGCUGUUGGUUCACAUUGUUUGGCUCGUGUUACUUGGUUUCGUUGGACUAUUUGGGCUUCUAUGAUGGAUCGGGUUUCUUUGUUGCUUCUGGGCUUAUAUAGGUUUGAUCUUCGUUGCUUGAUUUAGGUUAGACUUGAUAGUAUAUUUUUUGUAUAAUAUACUUGUAUCUUCUGUAUGUAUGAGGGGAAUUAGCGGCUAGUCUUUUAAAUUUGGCCUUGUUUUUUGUUGGAUUAAUACAGUUCUCUGAGAUUCAGAUAUUUCUCAUCCUUGCUUCUCUGA